CAGAAGGUGCAGCAGAGCUUCCCCGGUCCUUUAUACUUCCUAAGCCAGUCAUGCUGGUUUGCCCAUAAAACAGGAGAAUCCAGGCAUGCGCCGCAGAGCUGCUAAUUUGGUCCAUGUUUUCUUCACAAUGACGACCAAGCAAAGAGUCGUCCGGGUGUCCGCUGAGCAGCCGAGCUAUGUGGUCUGUGUGCUGGGAACAGAAAUCUCGAUAGACGUCCAUGGAUCUGUGCCAAAAGGUGCCACCUCAUUUGACAUCCGCGGAACCUCUGGGCUCAGAGUCACCGUAAUAUAUAACCCGAAGCUGACCAUGCCAUUGGAAAGUACAACGAGGUGGCCACUGGACUCAGAUGUGGAGGUUGUAGUUGCUCUGAACGGCCCCAGCAGUGCCGUCAAUGACAAUAAGGUUAGAGUUUCCUACUAUGGACCAACAGGGGAGACACUCAUCGCCAACGCUUUGUUGUACAUCACUUGUAUGGCUAUCUCUCUGGAUGCUGAUACCAGCCGAACCGGGGUCGUGGAGAGCAAUGCAAUCAACAAGACAAAAUGGACCUGGGGCCCAAAUGGAGAAGGAGCAGUUUUGCUGGUGAAUUGUGACCGGGACGGUCCAAGCUCUGGAAACAUGGACAAUGCAUAUCCGUAUGUGCGAUCCCACUCAGACCUGCAAGACUUGUCGCUUCUGAUCCUGAACACCCAUGGCCCUGCUGGGGUCUUUGACAACCACAAGCUGGUCCUUCACAUCUCCAUGUUUGACGCAGCCAGAGUGAGAGUCUUCCAUGCUGGAGACAGCGCAUCGCUCUCCAACUACGAGCAUGUCUUAGGGUCGGACAGGCUCUCCUACACUGUGGGACGCACCGAUGGAAAAGGGCAGCACACAUUCUACGCGGAGGGGCUGGCCUUCCCAGACGCAGACUUCAAAGGCUUGGUUUCCUUGCAUACGACACUGCUGGAGCACUCUAGCCAGAAUUCACCGGCCACCCCUGUUUUCACAGACACUGUGGUUUUCCGGGUAGCUCCCUGGAUAAUGACCCCCAACACACAGAAGCCAUUAGAGAUAUUUGUCUGCAGCAUCGAGAGAGGCCUCAACACCAAUGAGAAGUUCUUGGAAGCUGUGAAAGUCCUGGCAGAAAAAGCCAACUGUAAGCUGACAAUUUGCCCAGAAGUAGAAAACCGGGGUGACCGCUGGAUCCAGGAUGAGAUGGAGUUUGGUUACGUGGAGGCCCCCCACAAGUCCUUCCCCGUUGUCUUUGACUCCCCCAGGAACAGAGGCCUCAAGGAGUUUCCUUUCAAAAGGAUUUUGGGCCCUGAUUUUGGCUACGUGACCAGAGAACCCAAGAAUGGGCGUGUAUCCAGCCUAGAUUCAUUUGGGAACCUGGACAUCAGCCCUCCAGUGACGGUCAAAGGGAAGGCGUAUCCUCUGGGAAGGAUCCUCAUUGGCAGCAGUUUCCCUGGGUCUGGCAGCAGGAAAAUGGUCAAAAUUGUCCGGGACUUCCUCUAUGCCCAGAGAGUCCAGCCCCCCAUUGAGCUCUACUCCGAUUGGCUCACUGUGGGGCACGUCGAUGAGUUCCUGAGUUUUGUUCCAGCACCCGACAGGAAGGGCUUCCGGUUGCUCUUAGCCAGCCCUGCUGCCUGUCUGAAGCUGUUCAAAGAGAAGCAAAAAGAAGGUUAUGGAAAUGCUGCCCUGUUUGAAGGUCUAGGGAGACUGGGGAGAAUUACUCUCAACAAGCUCCUGGCGGACAAACUGGUGCACAGCGACAGCAAGUUUGUGCAGAGUUGCAUUGACUGGAACCGCAGCAUUUUGAAGCGGGAACUGGGGCUGAGCGAACGAGACAUCAUUGACAUCCCACAGCUGUUCACUCUGGAAGGUUCCACGGCGACCGCCUUGUUCCCAGACAUGGUGAACAUGAUCGUCUUGGGGAAGCACUUGGGCAUCCCGAAGCCGUUUGGCCCCAUCGUCCACGGACAGUGUUGCCUUGAAGAAAAUGUCCGCUCCCUGUUGGAACCGCUGGGCUUGGCAUGCACUUUUAUCGAUGACUUUUUCUCCUACCACAUUCUGUCAGGUGAAAUCCACUGCGGUACCAAUGUCUGCCGGGAAGCCUUUUCCUUCCACUGGUGGAACAUAAUGCCUUGA